AUGGCAGCACAAACCAACCUUAACAUCACCACAGACCGAUCUGCUCUUCUUGCUCUCAAAGCCCAUAUCACAAGUGACCCUCAAAACAUGAUCUUUACCAAUUGGUCAACCACCACCCCUGUUUGUAACUGGGUUGGAGUCAUUUGUGGUGCACGCCAUCAUCGAGUCACAGAGUUGAACCUCUCUUACUUUGGUCUUGCGGGCACCAUUCCUCCUGAGCUAGGCAACUUAUCAUUGCUUGUUGAUCUGGACGUCCAAAAUAACAGUUUCCAGGGUACCUUGCCUCAGGAAUUGGCUCGCCUGCGCCGGUUGAAGUUUAUUAACUUGGGAUACAACAAAUUUAUGGGAGUGAUUCCAUCAUGGUUUGGGUCCUUGUCCAAACUUCAAGGAUUCAGCUUGUUCGGUAAUCAAUUUGCAGGUUCCAUACCAGCUACCAUCUUCAACUUAUCUACUCUGCAAAUAAUUAAUCUGAGUUAUAACCAGCUCUCAGGUAGAAUCCCUAGAGAAAUUGGGAACCUGACAACGUUGAAGGCGAUCUACCUUGGACAUAAUAAUUUUAAAGAAAUUCCAAAUGAGAUUGGCACCUUGAAUCAACUAGAAAAGUUGUUUGUGCAAGAAAAUUCCUUAAAAGGGACUAUUCCAAUGACUGUCUUGAACAUGUCAUCUUUGACUACUUUAUAUUUCUAUGAAAACAACUUGAAUGGUAGAAUUCCCGACAAUAUAUGUCAACAUCUUCCAAAAAUUCAAGAGUUGAAUUUGGGUUGGAAUCAGUUUGAUGGUCCACUUCCAUCCAAGUUAUGGCAAUGCAAACAACUUGUUGUAUUAAACUUGGAGGAUAACAAGUUCAGCGGAAGAAUACCCAAAUAUAUUUGGAACUUAACCCAAAUAAAGAGGAUUGAGUUUGGCACCAACAGCUUGACAGGUCCUAUACCAUAUGAGAUUGGUUAUCUUCGAAAUUUAGAGGAACUGAUACUCUUUGAGAAUAAUCUAAAUGGCCAUAUCCCAUCCUCAAUCUUCAAUAUAUCCACAAUAAUAGCAUUAGAUCUGGGAGUUAAUCAGCUUUCAGGUAGCCUCCCAGCAAACAUAGGCCUUGGGCUUCCAAACCUAGAAGGAUUUUUUGUAGGAGCGAAUCACCUCAAUGGAGUAAUCCCCAAAUCCAUCUCCAAUGCUUCUAAGCUCUGGAAUCUAGACCUGGGAGGAAACUGCAGCUUGAGAGGUACCAUCCCCAGUGAUAUAGGCAACUUGAGUAGCUUGAUACUUUUAGGCCUUGAAUUCAAUCAAUUGAGCGGGCCAAUUCCAGGCUCAAUGGGAAGACUACAUAAUCUUCAAGCUUUGUAUAUGGAUAAUAGCACAUUGCGAGGAUACAUUCCAGAUGAAGUUUGUCAACUAGAAAACUUAAGUGAUUUGGAUUUGUCUCAGAAUCAACUCUCUGGUUCUAUACCUUCCUGCUUGGGCAAUCUAACAACAUCUCUAAGAUCUCUAUCCUUAGGAUCUAAUUUGUUGAAUUCCACAAUCCCAUCUUCCUUAUGGGGACUUACAAAUAUCUUGAAAAUAAACUUGUCAUCCAAUUCUCUAAUUGGACCUCUACCAGGUGGUGUUGGUAAUUUGAAAGUUGCUACAUAUAUAGAUGUAUCAUACAACCAAUUAUCUGGUAGUAUACCAAGCAGCGUUGGGAGUUUAUCGAGUUUGAUCAAUCUCUCCUUAGCACAUAAUAAUCUAGAAGGCCCUAUUCCAAGUUCCUUUGCAACCUGUGUAAGCUUAGAACGAUUGGAUUUAUCUCAGAACAGUCUUUCUGGAGUGAUUCCAAAAUCUCUAGAAGCACUCUCAUAUCUCAAGUAUCUGAAUCUGUCUUUCAACAUACUCCAAGGAAAAAUUCCAACUGGUGGUCAUUUCAAAAACUUCUCUGCUGAAUCAUUUACUUCAAACCGUGGACUCUGUGGUGCAUCCCAAUUUCAAGUUCCACCAUGCAAAAGAAAAACUAGUAUGUCUAUCUUGAAAUAUGUUAUUCCGGGGAUCUUGUCAGCAAUGCUUCUAGCGAUCUCCAUAUUUUGGAUGUUGAUGUUCCGCAGAAAAAAGAAUGCGAAAGCUGCAACACAUACUAUCUUGAUGCCUCAAGUUUUAUGGAGACGAGUUUCAUACCAAGAGCUCCUAAGUGCGACAGAUGGAUUCAAUGAAAGCAACUUACUUGGUACAGGAGGUUUUGGUUCAGUAUAUAAAGGAACAUUGUCAGAUGGGAUAGAUGUUGCGAUAAAGGUUUUCAAUUUGGAGUUAGAAGGGGCAUUUACAAGUUUUGAGGUUGAAUGUGAAGUGCUAAGUAACGUUCGUCACCGAAAUCUUGUCAAAGUCAUCAGUUGCUGCAGUCAAAUUGAUUUCAAAGGUCUUGUAUUGAAUUACAUGCCUAAUGGGAGCCUUGAGAAGUGGUUGUACUCUCAGAAUUCUUCUUUGAACAUAAUGCAGAGGUUGGAUAUAAUGAUAGAUGUUGCAUUGGCAUUGGAGUACCUUCAUCAUGGUUAUGAAGUACCUAUUGUCCAUUGUGAUUUGAAGCCAAGCAACAUCCUACUAGAUGAUGAUAUGGUUGCACAUGUUGCUGAUUUUGGUAUUGCGAGACUCUUGGGUGGAGGAGAUUCUAUGACUCAAACCAUGACCCUAGCCACAAUUGGGUAUAUUGCUCCAGAGUAUGGAAUGGAAGGAAUAGUGACCAGAAGAGGGGAUGUGUAUAGUUUUGGUAUUGUUGUGAUGGAAACAUUCACAAGAAGGAAGCCAACCGAUGAGAUCUUCAUUGGAGAAAUGAGACUAAAUCAAUGGGUUGCAAAUUUCCUAGUUGCAGAUGCAAUAGUUGAAGUUGUGGAUGCUAGUUUAUUAGGAAGCGAGGAGGAUCAUGACUUCGUGAGCAAGAGGGAGUGCUUAUCAUCCAUUAUGAGAUUAGCUGUUGCUUGUUCAGCAGAAUCACCGGAAGAGAGGAUAAACAUGCAGGAGGCUGUAGCCACGCUUAAAACAAUUAAGAACAAGUUUUCAAAGGACACUAUUGCAGGAGGUGUGGUAUUGAACCGUCGUCCUGUUUCGUAA